AUGACCUACUUGAAAACGAGGAGGACACCCUCAUUUUGGGAGCUGUGUACUCCCUCGCGCAGUGCCUCGAGCCGUUUCCCGACGAGGAGGUGCGGAUACAGUGCCCGCACUGCGAGUACAACUGCACGAAACCGUGCCUACCUGCGACGCCACAUUCGAGUUCACACGGGGGAGCAGCCCUACCACUGUAGCUUUUGCUCGCGGAAGUUCAAGGACCGCAGUAACCUCAACCGGCACCGGCGCUGCCACACGGGCGAGCGCCCCUACGAGUGCAAACACUGCGGCCUGCGUUUCAACCAGACCAGCUCGCUCAAGACGCACGUGCUCGGACAGCACAAGCAGUGGUGA